AUGAAAGAACUUCUUCGACGCGAUCAAAACUGUCCACGGUCAGCCAACCAAAGCUGCGCACGGUCCGUCAACCAAAGCAAAUGCUCCUCUCCUCAGCGCCGACGGCCGCACACUAAUUACGAGAAGACACAAGUUCUACAGCGACUGGCUAAGAAAUUCAGAAGCGUCUUCAAUCACCCCUCCACCAUCUCCGAUGCCGCCAUCGCUCGUCUGCAUCAAGGAGAGACUAACGAUGAACUCGACCUCCAGCCCUUUCUCCAUGAAACCAUCAGGGCCAUGCAGCAUCUCUCCAGCUUGAAAGCGCCCGGAUCGGACGCGAUCUGUACUGAGCUCUACAAGCAACCUGGGGUUGACAACCGCCGGCUAAACCAAACCAUCAUAUCUUCCUCCACCUACAUCACGCAACAUCACCAUCCAUCACAUGCAUCCAAUCGCCACCUCCCACGCAAGCGGGAAGUGUGCGUCUCGGUUCCGUCUCCAUGCUGCUUCUUUGCUGCAUGUGUGAUUUGA